GUGAAUAAUACAUGGAGCGACCUGCCGGACAGGCUAAUGUUUCAGAGCCUGCAAGCCUUCAGGGGAAGAACUCGUGACAGGAAUAUCUUCUGGACUGAAAAGGAGCAGAAAUGGAGCGCAGGACGUGAGGAGAAGUGAAAAACACUCUUCCAGCAGCUCGUACUGAUGGAUUAUCGGCGUAAAAGGGAGCUGUCGUUUCUCACCAUUGGCCUGCUGUUUUUCUUGAGUGGUGUAGAAUAUGCCGUUAUCCUGCCCACCAUAUGGAAGUAUCUGCAGAUCCUGGAUGCUCCUGCCUAUUUCCUCGGUUUGGGUCUGUCAGCUUUCAGCUUCACCGGGCUGCUCUCGGGGCCGCUGUUUGGACGCUGGUCCGAUAAGACACGGACUACAAAGACCAUCAUUCUCUUCUCCAAUGUCUUUGAGAUUGUAGGCAACUUCAUGUAUUUCAUGGGCUACUCGAAAUGGCUUCUAUUGUCCAGCCGACUUGUCGCAGGUAUUGGAGCUGGCGCUGGUUCCUCCAUCUUCGGUUUCCUCACCCGGACCACCCUCCCUGACGAACGAGCACGGAUCUUCGCCGCUGUGAUGGCGUGUCGCCAGGCUGGACUUUUGAUUGGACCUGCUUUCAACAUUUUCCUGCGGUUGUGUGAUUUCAGGAUGGGGCCGUUUAUCGUGAAUAAGUACACCUCCCCUGGGUUGUUUAUGUGUGGGAUGUGGCUGCUGCUGCAGUGUGUGGUGUUCGUGCUGUACCAUGACAUCCCCCCGCUGGACUCCCUGCCUGAGCACAUGGCUCUGCAGCAGGUCAGAGAUCAAGAGGAGGAGCCUCUGAUUGACCCGGAGGACGGUGGGACCGACACUCGCAACUUGGUCCACUCAGAGCAGAUCGAGACCCGACUCUUAAGUGACACAGAACCCAUCCGACCCCCCUCACCUGAGCAGGACGACCCCUUUAAAAACUUCAGCGCCAGCCGAGAGUUCCUGAGGGAGGAGGUGGUGGUUCUCCUCACCGCUCAGUUCAUCACUCUCUUCAAUCAGACGGCACUCGAGACGAUGGUGACCCCUUUGACGCAGAGGUACUUUGGCUUCGGCGAGCUGGGGAACAGUGUGAUGUACAGUCUGUGUGGAGUGGAGGUGAUUGUAGGCUUCUUCCUGGUGCGCUGGCUGAGCCGUGUGCUGGAGGACCGGGCCGUGCUGGCUGUGGGCCUUCUGAUCUGCUGCGGAGCCUGCGUCUGGUGCAUCAUCUUUCUCGCCAGCCCCCAGGGUGGCUUUGCGGUGGAGCUGACCGAGUUCAUUAUCGGAGUGUUUCUGCAGCUGCUGGGGCUUCCCUUCGUCGCCGUGUCUCAGGUGUCCCUCUUCUCCAAAGUGACCGCUGAGAAAACACAAGGUUUUAGUCAGGGCGUGCGGCGCUCGGUCGGAGGCUUGGCCACUAUCCUAGGCCCCCUGUGGGCAGGUGGUCUGACGGGGAAUCUGUACGUGAUGCUGGGAAUGAUGCUGUUGCUCCUCAUUCUGAUUAUGAUCAUGAUGGUGCUCUCCUACGAGAAGCUGGUGGAGCCUCCUGUGGUCCAGCAUGCGGACAGCUCGGAGAGCGGAGGGUAGAGGACGACGUUACUCACAUACUGCAGGCACAGGUCGGGAGCACUCGGCGGUCCGUCUGGCUGCGUGCGGAGUGUGUGUGGCGCGUGGUGGAGCAGAUGCUGAAACGGUGGGGUGUUACGAGCUCAUGCCAGAGGUAGCAGACCUCGAACAGCGAGAGGGAGUGACGGACACACACACCAACCCACACACGUCGCAGGCUGCGCUUCAUCCCUCUCAAUCAUUUACU